AUGAAUAAAACUUGCGCAAGGUGCGAAAAAACUGUUUACCCGACAGAGGAAUUGAAAUGUUUGGACAAGGUGUGGCACAAAGGCUGCUUCAAAUGCCAGGAGUGUGGUAUGACGCUCAACAUGAGGACGUACAAGGGUUACGGGAAACUGCCGUACUGUGAGUCUCACGUGCCCAAAGCCAAGCACACCACAAUGGCUGAAACUCCUGAAUUGAAGAGAAUAGCUGAGAACACUAAGAUACAGAGCAACGUGAAGUAUCACGCGGACUUUGAGAAGAGUAAGGGGAAGUUUACACAGGUUGCCGAUGACCCUGAAACUCUUCGCAUCAAGAUGAACACUAAGAUAAUCAGCAACGUGGCCUACCACGGAGAACUGGAGAAGAAGGCGAUGAUGGAGAAGCAGCGGCAGAUCAAUGAGAACGGAGAAAUAAUCGAUGUGGGCACCAAUGAUAACUACCACCACCAAAUCGAAACAUACGCCAACGAGAUGCUACCACCAAAUCUACCACAAAAUCUACCACCGAAUCUACCACAGAAGAAUCACUACCAAACACCCACACAAUCCCGCUACGAAUACCGUCAAGAAGAAGUAUACCCCAAGUAUGAAGACUAUCCGAGAAACGCAAACUACCAAACACAUAAUCAGAAUCAGAAUUACGGUAAUCUGAACCAGAAUUAUGGUAAUCAAAACCAGAAUUAUGGUAAUCAGAAAAUUGGUAGAAUACAGGAUUAUGAUCCAUUGAGUGAUGGUCCGAGGGCUGUUCCGAACACUCAAAGGGCAUCGGCUACCCUUAUAUAUAACAGCUCGAAUGAUAAGCAAGGAGCUCAUCAGUCUCAGUCGGCUCAGUCUAGACACAUCGGACGAGUUACAGACUUAGACCCGCUGGCGGCCGACCAGAACAGACAUACGACACACGGGAACCAGACGGUGUACAUUGCCAUGUAUGACUACGAAGCGAACGACAGUGACGAAGUGUCAUUCCGUGAGGGUGAUUAUAUAUCUAAUGUGACCUGCAUCGACGAAGGUUGGAUGACUGGCCAGGUGUUAAGAACGGGCCGCACUGGGAUGCUGCCCGCUAACUACGUGGAACUGGCGCCGCAAGGAUACAACUAA